CUUUAUUACCAAUUUGAGGAUUGAAGUGUCUGUAUAUAUAGUCUAGUUUUCCAACUUCCAUUUCAAACACAAGUCAAAUUAUUCAUUUCAAUACACUUCAAAGCAUCAAUUUAGUUUCAUAUCUUAGUAAUUCUUUGUGCAUAAUUAAAGAUGGGAAGAGGUUUAGUUGGAAUAUCUCAUGCCAAAGAGAAGCUUAGAAGAACAAUUUCACCCAGAAAUGGAAGCAUUUCAGCUACUACAAAUGAUGUUCCAAAGGGCCAUUUUGCAGUUUAUGUUGGUGAAACAUAUAGGAGAUUUGUUGUUCCAAUUUCUUACUUGAAUCACCCUUUAUUUCAAGAUUUGUUACAUUGGGCUGAAGAAGAGUUUGGAUACAAUCAUCCUAUGGGAGGUAUUACAAUUCCAUGUAGUGAAGAUUACUUUAUUAGUCUCAUUUCCUUGUUAAAGUCAUCAUAGACUUUGAAAAAAUUGUAAUUCAUUGAUGAUUUCAUCCCAUAUAUAGGCUUAGUGAUUUUUUUUUCCUACCCUUUUUCGGUGUAACCAUUCGGUAUCUAGAACUAUCAUUUGUCCAACUGAUCCGGAUUUGCGCUGUGUAAAGGUCAUCAAAGGAGAAAAAUACUUCCUAUCAGAAGUUUCUCAAUUCCUAUGAUUCGAAUCCGAGAUUUCUAGUCGAGAGCGAUUGACUAAGUCAGUCUCUCUUUAAUUUUGUAAUAGGGACUGCUCCCAAUGUAAUCUGUAUAUUCAUUCUAUAAAA